AGAAGUAGUUGUGAAGAAGUUGCACGUGGGUUAAAAUUGCGUCCCUUCAGUGAUUCAGUAGAGGAGGAAGAACAGUUCGGCGUAUACGUUUUACAUCAGAUAACAUGAGGCCAGGGUUCAGUCCUCGUGGGGACCGGGGAGGGAGAGGUGGAGGACGAGGUGGAGGUAGAGGAGGAUUCGGUGACAGGGGGGGACGAGGAGGAUUCAGAGGAGGAAGAGGCGGAGGAUUCAGGUCCCCAGAUGGUGGAGGAUUUCGUGGCCGCGGGGGUGGCAGAGGCACCCCAAGGGGAAGAGGUGGUAGAGGAGGGAGGGGCAACAGCAGAGGAGGCUUUGGAGGAGGGAAGAAGGUUUUGGUUGAACCACACAGACAUGAAGGUGUGUUCAUUUCCAGAGGGAAGGAAGAUGCCCUGGUGACUAAGAACAUGGUGGUAGGAGAGUCUGUGUAUGGAGAAAAGAGGAUCAGUGUGGAGGAAGGAGAGUCAAAAAUUGAAUACAGAGCCUGGAAUCCAUUUCGCUCCAAGCUGGCAGCAGCUAUCUUGGGAGGAGUAGACCAGAUCCAUAUCAAGCCUGGAGCAAAGGUCAUGUACCUUGGAGCAGCCUCUGGCACCACAGUGUCCCAUGUUUCUGACAUAGUUGGACCGGAAGGUCUGGUCUACGCUGUGGAGUUUUCCCAUCGAUCAGGUCGUGACCUUCUCAAUGUGGCAAAGAAACGCACCAACAUCAUUCCAAUAAUAGAAGACGCUCGCCACCCACACAAAUACCGCAUGCUGGUUGGCAUGGUGGAUGUGAUUUUUGCUGAUGUUGCCCAGCCUGACCAGACAAGGAUUGUUGCUUUGAACGCUCACAACUUUCUGAAGAACGGAGGACACUUUGUUAUAUCCAUCAAGGCUAACUGUAUAGACUCGACAGCGGCUCCAGAGGCAGUGUUUGCCUCAGAAGUGAAAAAGAUGAGUGCGGAGAACAUGAAACCACAAGAACAGCUUACACUGGAGCCCUAUGAGAGAGACCAUGCUGUGGUGGUGGGCGUUUACAGACCUCCACCAAAACAGAAGAAGUGAGGUGUGGGGAAAAAAGUGCGGGAAAACCAAUGGCCAUUUUUUAAGCACCAUCUCUGUUUUGUACCAUUUGUGUUGUCUAUUGCCCUCCUCUCCCAAUAAUUUGAUACCAGUAAUAUACAGUGAGUGUUGACAAAGUGUGAAAUUGAAUGGCUUUAAUGUACAAUGUAUUCUUGAAACUCUUUCACAUAACCGAAUUUUGUCUUAAUAAAAUGUUUGAUUAUUGUU